AUGGUGAAAGCGGACGUGAGGAGGGAUUAUUAUGCAGAUUUGGGUCUUGGGCCCAGUGCGGAAUUGGAGGAUGUUAAGAAGCAGUUUAGAAAGCUAGCUCUCAGAUAUCACCCCGAUAGGAAUCCCGGGAAGGAAGUCGAAUUUAUCGCCAAGUUCCAGGCGAUCCAAGCGGCACAUGAAAUCCUCAGUGAUCCUCAACACCGGUUGAGAUAUGAUACGGAUCGGUUACGCGCUGGAUAUGGCAGGCAGUACGCCGCGCACGCAAGAGCGAAUACUUCACGGAGGACCCCUGCCAGCCACAGUUCUGGCGCCUCUGCAAAAUCGCAACCGUUCUCUGCGCGUGGGCAACAAACGAACCAUGGACCGUCGGCCGGCGCCCAGAGAUAUUCUAGCUAUGCCAAGGCAGCUCCUCAGCAAUCAGGGGGGAAGAAGGAUGAUGGACAGACUCGGGCCGACGCUUUUCGCGGAUUCCAGGGUAUGAAGAACGGUAGCCCGAACGCGACUGGCUGGUCAAAUUUUGAUCCCAAAACUGGUCGAUCGGGUGCAAACAAGGCCAAUGGUGGUGCAUCGACCGCCACACCGAGAACCAAGUCGGCCUAUGAGUACUUCAAGACGUCGGCCAAGCCGACAGAGGGUGCCGGAACGACUCGUGCUCAGUCAAGUAGGAGGAAGAACGGGUUUGCACCAGGGACCGCGGGUGGUGAUGAGCCGAUGGCUGCAAACACUUCCGCCUACACGAGCACGCCCCGGGAUUCGCGACACUCAGGCUACUUUUUCGAUAACUCUGUUCCUUCACCCACCGCCAAGAGAGCAGAGGGUUCAGAGGAACGAGCCAGGAGUCAGUAUGCCAACGCUAGUGGAGAGAAGACGUUCUUCUCCAGUGCAUGGCUCGGACGUGACGGUACUCGUCGUGCCUCGCGGACAAAUCCACCCAGCCCGACACCCCCACCAUCGGAAGCAAGCAGGCAUCGGAGCGUCAGUCCUUCUCAUUUAAAGACGAAUAGGAACCGGGGUUACGCGCUUUCCACGAGCUCAAGUGAUGCCGACGACGACGAUAGCGACACCGACAACCCAUAUGAAAGGAACGUACCAUCGCCAUCUCACAAACCCAAGGCAGUCCCGAAGAGCAGGAUGCGACGACCUCAUUAUCAGAAACCGGCUGACCCACGGGACUGGAGUUCCGGAACUGGUGAGCAAUUCUUUCCCACCCAGACGGUCUUCCGUGGCCCUGGUCCUGGCUACUAUCAGUCCUACUACUACCACUACUACCAAAAUCAUCCUCACAACCAUCACCCCUGGGACAACCGCUAUGACUAUCGGAGACCGAACCCUAUUUACGAUAACGCUGCUGCUGCUCCUAGGAAUCCACUUGCUGGGACUUUUGCGUCGGCCAACUUUCAGCCUGAGAAGGAUCCGAGCCAAUCUAAAAGUAAUAGCCAUGGGAGCUUGAGACAGGAAUUCUCUGCAAAGGACUGGCAAGAUGCUUCUCAAGAGGGCUGGUUCGGGUUCUUCAUGCCUAAACCAUCGGAACCAGAUACCAAUCGAGCAGCACAGAACCCCAAUACUCGUGGACGGCCAACGACCCGAAACUCAGCUUCAUGGGUGCGACAGUCAGCAGGCCUUUCGGACCAGGACCAGGACUUCUCUCGCUCGGGGUCAGCCGCUCAGCAACAACCUACUCCAUUUGCCGGAGCCAAGUUCUCAGCAGACGACUGGGUCGAGCAGUUUAAAAAUAUGUCCUGGGCUGCGCCAAGAACCGAAGGCAAACAGACCCAGGCCAAUGCUGCUCGUGCAAGGAGCCCUAAGAAGCAUACGAGGACGGCGGCUUCUAAGACACGGCCGACUCCGCAGCCUGCGAGUGUUGCUACUGAAGCCGAAGAGGCCGAAGCAGCCGCAGAGGAUAAUGAACAUCAGUCGGAUAAGAUAGAUUUGGGUGGUGAAGCUAUGGAUCUGGAUGAUGAUACCCCUGCAAAACCGACUGCCGUACCACCAGCACCUGAGAACAAGCAGCCACCGAGCCCACAACCAUCAGCUAAUGUUGACAAGACUAAGGAACCCGAUUCCAAGGAUUUCAACCUGAAGGACCUCAAAUAUGCAGCACCGUUUAUUAGCUCGAAGGGAGGCAUCGACGACCUACAGGAUAUCAGCGUGACUUUACCCUUCGAAUCGCGCGCUAAAGCUCCAAGGACAACUGCACGCGACGUCCGUCCUCGCGAACUAGCCUGUCCAAACCCGCCCAAGCGACCACGACGUCCAGCCUUGAGCUCGCUCGGUAUCGGAACUCAACUGAUGCUUCCUCGCCCCGCAUGGGAACGGUACGUGGCAGAGAUGAAGACGUACAUGCGCGAGUGGAACGAAUUCAACCGCCGGAUGCUACGCCAUUUCAAUGCCCGCCAGGAAGCCAACGAAUCUGGUAUGGCACCUGGAUGGAUAAGUGCAGUUGGCGACUCUUCUCGACUCAACAUCAACCAAGAUGACCCGGAUGUUGAAGAUAACAACAACAACCCUGAUAACGAGGAUAGUGUUGGCGAUCUACUACCAGGAAGCGCCAAAGGCGGGUAUACCGUGUAUUUGCGCGCGAUCGAAGAAGACGUCAAGGUCCGGAAACAUUGGGAUGUGGCUUGUGAGUUGCACCGGGAGUGUAUAUUGGAGUUGGGGGAGUUGCGCGAGUGGAUUUUGAAUGGAGGGAAGUUGGUUUGA